AGCGAGGGUCGAGGAGCUGGCCAUGGCCGAGAAAUUUUGGCUCUUUCGCGCGUAUGAUUCGGUCGUCAGGCUGCAGGCGAAGAGAAGGUUUCUCGUGAGGUCUAGGGCUUAAGAAACAGUGAGGGCCGACUUGGCGCAUGUGUCGAUUGGCGGACGGCUUAUACUCGCGCGAGCACGAGUGUUGCGAUCGAUCGAUAGAUCGACUGUAAAUGUCCAUUAGCCUUGUGGUCUUGUUGGCACGGUCGUUGUUCUCCGACAUGCGGAGCAGGCGAACAGAUCUGUGGACGCUGUCGUGGGCUGCAGACUGUAGCCAUUAGCUUCCUUUGCGCGUGAAGCACGAGGUUUUACACGGCUCUGGAACGGCGGCUUUUUAUUUCUUCUCUGUAAUUUCUUCGAAGUCUUUGACGCCGAGAUGUCGAAGCGGAAAGAGUCCAUCGCGAGAGGGGAUGGUGAUAAGCUGGAUAUCACUCCCCUCGGAGCUGGUAAUGAGGUUGGGCGCUCGUGCGUCUACAUGACGUACAAGGAUAAGACUGUCCUCUUCGAUUGUGGAAUUCAUCCUGGUUACUCGGGCAUGGCCGCUCUACCGUAUUUUGAUGAGAUCGACCCGUCAACGAUAGACGUUCUCCUGGUUACGCAUUUCCACCUUGAUCACUGUGCUUCCCUUCCGUAUUUCUUGGAGAAGACUACGUUUAAAGGAAGAGUGUUUAUGACUCAUGCUACUAAAGUCAUCUACCGUCUCCUGCUCAGCGACUUCGUCAAAGUCAGCAAGGUUUCUGUGGAUGACAUGCUGUACGAUGAGCAGGAUAUUCAACGGACUAUGUCCAAGAUCGAGGUGAUCGAUUUCCACCAGACCAUGGAAGUCAAUGGCAUUCGGUUUUGGUGCUAUACGGCCGGGCAUGUGCUAGGGGCUGCGAUGUUCAUGGUGGACAUUGCCGGUGUUCGAGUCUUGUACACAGGAGACUAUUCUCGAGAAGAGGAUAGACACUUGAAAGCUGCAGAAAUGCCGCAGUUUUCUCCGGAUGUGUGCAUUAUUGAGUCGACCUAUGGAGUGCAGAUUCAUCAACCACGAAUAGUUCGAGAACGAAGAUUGACCGACGCAGUACACCAGACAGUCACCAGUGGGGGCAGAGUCUUGAUUCCUGCAUUUGCUCUCGGGCGUGCGCAGGAAUUAUUGCUUAUACUCGAUGAAUACUGGGAAGCUCAUCCAGAACUACAUCACAUACCAAUAUACUACGCCUCUCCUUUGGCAAAAAAGUGUAUGUUAGUCUAUCAGACCUACAUAAAUGCCAUGAAUGACCGAAUUCGAAGCCAGUUCGAGGUUUCAAAUCCGUUUAUAUUCAAACACAUUUCGCCCUUAAAGAGCAUCGAGCAAUUUGAAGACAAUGGACCAUCUGUGGUGAUGGCUAGUCCUGGAGGCCUUCAAAGUGGACUCUCUCGACAGUUAUUCGAUCUGUGGUGUCAAGAUAAGAAGAGUUCUUGUGUCAUACCGGGUUAUGUUGUUGAGGGAUCUCUCGCUAAGACCAUUAUGAACGAGCCGAAGGAAGUAACCCUUAUGAGUGGUUUAGUAGUACCUCUUAAUAUGAAAGUUCACUAUAUCUCUUUCUCUGCCCAUGCAGACUUUACCCAGACUAGUGCAUUUUUAAGCGAGCUUAGCCCUCCCAACAUCAUUUUGGUCCACGGAGAGUCUAAUGAAAUGGGACGGUUGAAAGCGAAACUACAAACUCAGUUUGCGGAGCAGAAUGUGAAGGUGUUGACCCCUAAGAAUUGUCAAACAGUUGAAAUGUUUUUCAAAGGCGAGAAGAUUGCUAAGGCUGUAGGGCGAUUAGCGGAGAAGACUCCCAAGGAAGGAGAUCCAGUCAGUGGGUUCCUUGUGAGGAAGGGUUUCAGUUACCAGCUCAUGGCCCCCGAUGACUUGGCUAGCUAUACUCAGCUUUCAACAGGAAGUGUGAUGCAGAGACAGUCAGUCCCUUACAAGGGAGCCUUUGCUGUUCUGAGGCAUCGACUUCAACAAAUGUACGAAGGAGUGGAGACCGUUGCUAAGGCGGAACUGGCUACUUUGAAAGUGCAUGACAAGGUGACUGUGAUACAAGAAGGAGUGGAUUACAUCGUUUUACAAUGGGUUUCUGAUCCAGUAAGUGACAUGGUGGCCGACUCCAUCGUUGCCAUGGUUCUUAAACUUGAUUCUCAAAGCAUGGGUGGAAUCGUCUCGAAUGGGUUCAGAGCAAAGGAGGCUCGAUUAGAAAAGGAUGAAAUUAGAAUUGUGCACGCUCUGUUAGUGUCUCUGUUCGGAGAUGUGAAGCUUGACGAGAAACAACAGACUUUGAUUGUCACAGUGGAUGGAGCUGUCGCCACCGUCGAUCAUGCCAACAAGGGAAUCGACUGUAAAGAUGAGAAUCUGAAGAGCCGGAUCAAGGUUGCUCUUCGGAGGAUACAGACAGCCUUGUAUCCCUUGGAUUCGUGAAUCUGAAUUUGCUUACACAAGGCCCCUUUACUGAUAUGCUCAUGGCUUUGGCCAUUCGUCGACAUGGAUUGUGUCGGCAAUGACAAGGUAUUGCCGAUACAGCUCCUUGCUAUGUAGUGGGUGAAGAGCAUGCGAACGUUCUACCUUGCAAUUUUGACUUCGAGCGAGGAAUGAAUAUGGGGCCUAUACAUCAGCUCAUUUCAUUCUGAGCUUACGUAGGAGAGAGAAGACUCAUGAACGAAUGAGGAGGGAUUGAAGAGUUACGGUGGAAUUUAGAUUGAAGCAAUGUGAUCAGGAAGCACCCUUGUCGCGCACAUGUGAAGUGGAAACUGUUUCACUGCUUGCAGGCUUGACCACAAGUGCAAGCAGGUUGAGAAGGAUUACUUGUAAGCAUUUGGUCACUUUUCCACCGCCUCCGGCUUUGGUCGGUCUGAAGAGUGAAUUGUAGCUAGUGUUCGUCCGGUCAAACAUCACGGCUUUGCAGACUACCCGUUUGAGGAGCGUGGAUAGGUUCCAUUUUUAUUCGAUGAGCUGGAGACAUUUCAUCGUUAUACCAUUCUUGAGUUUCAUGAACUAGGGACUAGGGCUCUCAAACUUGCAACGAGCCUUAUAUUCCAGGUGAGUGGCAUCACCUUGAGCAGAAUAAGACUUCAUUUUUCUUUGGAUGAAGGACAAAAGUGUCCUUUAAGAGUUCCAACGGACCUGCUGACUUGCUGCACUGAACUGUGGGCUGGUCUCAUGUGUGUUAAUGAUUUACCGGGCACGUACAAUUUCUGAGCGAGUUCUUGGAGCCCGGAGCAGGUUCUUGUAAUUUAGUUCGCGUGGCAUUGUACUUGGCUAUACUCGAGCAGUAUGAACGGCGAUAUUAAGGAACAGUGUGAGCUUACUUUGGUGGCAGAUCUAGACUUGACUUCUCUCACUGUGAUAAAAUGAAAAGCUCUUACUGCUGACCACUUAUUUUGGCUGCAAUCAACAACAAUUGAGGUACAAGGCGCAGGUAGCUUCCCAAUUUUGGAACUUAUCGUGAAAUGGAGAGGAAGUGAAUGUUUUUACUGAAAGUUACAGGUGGCGUUAAACGUAAGAGGACGUGCAGCUUGUAAAGUAUCAUGUUAUUAGUAAUCGCUGUGAACUUGCAUCAGAUGUUCAAGAAACAGGUCUUCACGUUUUGCUUUCCCAUGGUAUCAACCUUUCAUUCUACAUGGGCAUGAUGCAGGCUACGGGCGGCUGUCAACAAAGCUAAUCCAGAACAACUGGGUUCACUUACCCUGAUGCAGUGAUUGGAGUCAAUCAGUUGAAGGAAGCUACAUUCUUUAUUCUGUUCACUGUGCCUUGUUUUCAGCAGCUAGAAUCUUGUCGGCUUUCUGAGCCUUCUCCGCCAGUAACACGGUUUGGCGGUUUGUAAAUGUUGGUAUAAUACGGUUUGGCUGUUAAAUUUUCAAAUGGA